AUGGACCUCGAGACUCGCAUGCCGUAUCUUCAUCGGUUCAAGCCAGCCAACCUCGGUGAACGCUCUCUUGAGGAAUUACAAAUGCAUCGUGAAUAUUGGGGCCCGUGGUUUCUGAAUCAAUUCAUAUAUCAUACCAGCCUUUGUCUACUCAAUCAUCCACUGCUUCUCUCCCUCAGUCUUCGGAAUUUCCGGAGUACUAUCCCAGAGAUCUUCUUACAGCACACCUCGGACUUGAUCUCCUCGCACACAACCUGGAUCAUUCACUUCAUAAACUGCUUUGAAGAGAAGUCGUUUCAAGUAUCAGAUCCGUUACUAGGCUACAGCGCCGCCGUCGUCGCUACAAUAGAGCUGCAACUCAGUUUCACAGAUGAUUUGACUAUCAGAGAACAUAAGCGUGAAAGAUUUGCCAAAUGUGUCAAGUUCGUGCAAACAAUGGGAGAAAGGUGGCCACACAUGGCGCAAUUGGCACACAGAUUACAGCGACUAGAAGACGCAGUCUCGGCAACCUACCAAUCAGACCCAGGCGCGCAAAACCAAAGCCUUCUAAUCGACCUAUCCCGAUUCUGGGAAAUUCUCGAAUACUCAUCCAACAGCGAUACAGACUCUGCUCGCCGUCUAUUCGGGGAGUCACUUUAUGCCGGUUCUUCUUCUGCGGGCGCAGAAGUAUCUCAAACGUCGCCUUUGCCUCCGCCGUUCCGGCUGAGUGUCCAGGAACAAGAUACACCAAAUCCUCGGUCCCAAUCAUUCGGUGCCAACGCCCCCUUUCCUGGUCAGGACUACCCAACAACAUCUUUGGUCUCCCCCCAGCAUUUGACAAUGUCCAAUGAUGAGUUCUCUAUUCUUGCUGCCAAUUUCUUUUCUCAGGGGCAGGAGUUUCUACGCAGUGGUGAUAACUGGGAAAGUGUUGGGAAUUUCUAA